AUGUUCAUCAUCCAUCUGGCUGUCUGGGAGAGAAGCAGUAUUGGAGCGGUGACCGUGUGGAUUUUUUUUUCGAUGUUGAAGGUAGAUGAACUUGUGGAGCCUUCGGAUUGAGUUGAUAUUUUGGGUAACUUUUGUGCCAAAAUAUGUUCGGUAGCGAAUCUGGUUCCUCUCUCGUUGCGCUGAUCUCUUUCUGCUUUAUUCUUCGCGCAGGAUCGUCAUUUACUAGUUGAAAUAAAUUUUAGACUUUGUGUCGGAUGGCGGGCAUUAUUUUCUUGAAAGUUUUGUCACCUCGUGAGCGGUAUGAUUUUUAGGUUGAAAAUUUUUAAGGAGACUUGAAAUGGAAGCGUUCUUUUUCUUCUCGAGAUUGAUAUGCUAUUUGCAUGACUUCGUCUAUCAAAGAUAGUUCUUGUUGGAUGUGAUAUAAAUGUUGUUUUCUUGUUCGGUUUGUCCUGAUUCUUUUUGAAAUCAGGAGGGAAAAAGGAGAAGGUUGGUUUGCAUUUCUAUACUGAUUAUCUCAUAAAACUCUCUCGAAGCUUAUUUGUAUUUGCCAUCUGUAUUAAAAAGACGAUUCACUUACACAUCGUUAUGCUCGUGGAACAUUAUUUCUUGUCUGAUUAAUUCAUACUCAUUCUACCAACUCGAAGAAUCUUCUGUCUUUUGUUCCACAUAGAGUUUUCUUUUGUUCUGUAGAUUUCACUCCGACCCAAAAACUUGGUUGUUUAGACGGGCAAGGCGUGUAAGUCAAUGACCUGAUGCAUUACUAGGGAACAAAGGAUGGUACUUCUGGAAAUAUUAGUUUCCUCAAGAUUUUAAUGUAAAUUAGUAUUUAA